ACUUUCCUACUCACACGGCGGCGAGUGUGUCACCAAUUGUGUUUGUGUGCUGCUGGCGUCUCCGAUUUUGCAUUUGGAAAAAGUUUAAUUGCUGUUUUUAUUUCCAAAAUAUCAUAUUCUGGCGAAAAUUAAAAACGAGAAUAAUGUCAGAAUCAAAAGGUCGUCGACUUCCCACAGAGGAUCUUUCAAAUGUUGAAUUCGAAACAUCCGAAGAUGUCGAGGUUGUUCCAACUUUUGACAACAUGGGCCUACGAGAUGAACUUCUCCGAGGAAUUUACGCUUAUGGUUUUGAGAAACCUUCGGCAAUUCAGCAGAGAGCAAUAAAGCCAAUUAUGAAGGGUAGAGAUGUAAUUGCUCAGGCACAAUCGGGAACUGGUAAAACGGCGACAUUUUCAAUAGGAAUUUUACAAUCGCUCGAUAUUCAAGUACGUGAAACUCAAGUUCUUGUCCUGUCGCCAACACGUGAACUCGCUACACAAAUUCAAAAAGUUGUUCUCGCUCUUGGUAAUUUUAUGAGCGUUCAAUGUCACGUUUGCAUUGGUGGAACUAAUCUCGGCGAAGAUAUCAGAAGACUCGAUUAUGGACAACACGUUGUUUCCGGAACACCCGGAAGAGUUUUUGAUAUGAUUAAAAGACGAGUGCUAAGAACCAGAGCAAUUAAAAUGCUCGUUCUUGACGAAUCCGAUGAAAUGUUGAACAAAGGAUUCAAGGAGCAGAUCUACGAUGUCUAUCGUUAUUUACCACCGGCGACACAAGUUGUCCUCGUUUCUGCCACAUUACCCCAUGAAAUUUUAGAAAUGACUUCAAAAUUUAUGACUGAUCCUAUUCGAAUUCUCGUUAAACGUGAUGAAUUGACACUUGAAGGAAUUAAACAAUUUUUCGUUGCUGUGGAACGUGAGGAAUGGAAAUUUGACACACUCUGCGAUCUUUAUGAUACAUUGACUAUAACACAAGCAGUUAUUUUCUGUAAUACUAAACGUAAGGUUGAUUGGCUCACGGAAAAAAUGCGAGAAGCAAAUUUCACUGUUUGCUCAAUGCACGGAGAUAUGCCGCAAAAAGAGAGGGACAAUAUCAUGAAGGAAUUCCGAUCUGGACAAAGCCGAGUUUUGAUCACCACCGAUGUUUGGGCACGAGGAAUAGACGUACAACAAGUUUCGCUCGUUAUCAAUUACGAUCUUCCAAAUAAUCGUGAAUUAUACAUUCAUCGUAUCGGUCGUUCCGGACGUUUCGGCAGGAAAGGUGUUUCAAUAAAUUUCGUGAAAACCGAUGAUAUUCGAAUUUUAAGAGACAUCGAACAAUAUUAUUCAACGCAAAUUGAUGAAAUGCCAAUGAAUGUCGCCGAUCUAAUUUAAUUUUAUUCUAUUCAUAGUUUAAAUGCCCUCGAUUAAGAUUAAUUUCUAUAAAUUAUCUUCUUUUCUUUUUCCCCCACUUUCUAAUAUAACUUAAAAAUUAAUUAUUAUGUUAAUAAUAAUAAUAAGAUUAUAGCGAUUAUAUUAAUUUUAUACUCUGAGUAUAAAACGAGAAAAAUUAAGAUUUUCGAUCUUUUUUUCACCCCAAAUUUGUGUAAAAUCAAUUAUGUCUGUAAAAUAUUGUAAAAAUAUUCACAUUACGUUAUAUUAAUCGCUUUAAAUAAUAAGAGAACAUUUUUCACAA